AUGUUGCACUUACUGGACCCGUUAUCUCUUGAAAUGAUUUUUCUGUUUUGUACGAGCGAUGAAUUAAUUGCUCUGUAUGGAACGAACCGUAAAAUAACAAAAGCGAUUGAUAUUCUUGAAACCGAUCACAUGAAGUAUGAUGAUUCCGAAAAUCCGAAUAUUAAUGAUGAAACCAUUCAACAAACGUUGACGGACACACAUAUUCUUCAUGAUGGAUUGUUUGGGGACCGUAGUCCACAAACAUACAUGCCAUUCCGAAGAAAAACUUCAACCACUCAGCGAGUUGCGACUCAGUAUCGUCUUCAAAUUUAUCAUCCCUCGUAUACCAUUUAUAUCAGGUUUGAUUCCCAUGAAGAAUUGAGAAGAAAAUGUAUUCAAGACUUUCAAGAAAAAUUCGGUUUUAAACAGAUGGACGUCAGUGCUAAUCAUUUGAUUGUACUUGAAAGUGAAAUAUUGAAAUCAGAUCUAUUGGAUCGUGUGAGAUCAGAAUUGAGAAAGAAAAUGAACUUGUAUGAGAGUAUGAAUGAAACACACAAGGAAGGCCUGAAUGUGGUUAUUGAAAGUGAAUACAAUCCGUACUCGAUGAAUACCAAGCCCUAUUUAUCAAAUUUUUAUGAACGAUAUACGAUUCGAUUGGUGAUUGUCAAGAAUCAAUUGGAAUUUGGACAUUUCCUUUCCUGUGCUCAACAAUUGGUCAUUUCAACCAAAACCAGUUGGAAUUAUCUUAAAGUGCCUUCUAUUUAUUUGGGCUUGCUUAAAAGCGAUUCUGAUUUACUAAUUGCCGCUGGACACUUAUUUCCAGGUGUUCCGAAAGAAUACGAUACAACAACUAUUUGUGAAUUGACACUUUGUUUGAUUUUGAAUCAUUUGAUGCCAAAAUACUUUUUUGAAAAGUAUCGAGUUUGUGAUACUAAAUUGGAAUUAUUUCAAAAGCAAGCAUUAGUGGACACAUUUUAUAAUGAAUUUCUCAAUUCUCCAAUCACAAAUACAAAGCAAAAAUCACUGCCUAUAUUCGAAUCGAACAAUUAUUUUGAUUCACGAUUCUCAUUAUUUAAACAUGGACUGGAAGUGUGUUUUGAUUUGAUUUAUAAUCAAUUAUCGUUGACAAAGAAAAUUCAACUCAUUGAAAAGUUAGUGGAUACAUUUCUAGUAUGUUCUUCAUUUACCAACUCACAACUUACAGAAAUUGCUAAACAUACCACGUUCGAUGUUUUUAAAAAGAGAUCUUACGAAACAUCUCCAGAAAAAUUUCUUUUUCUAAAAAAGCUCAAACACUCUCCCUAUAUUGAACUCUAUGUCAUCCAUGUGGAAGAGAAGGUUUAUUUUGAAAAGGAGACUAAACGAAGCGAUCACUACUUGUAUGAGCUUUGUAUGAAAAUUCCUGCAAAACUCAAUGGAAAUUGUGUUUGUGAUAUUGUGUUUGUGAGGAACAAGAUUUUGCAAAGCUCCCAUGUCGUCUCAAUAGUUUCAACACCUGGUAUGACACUCACUCAACGAUCAUGUAGUUUGUUGUAA